CCUCACAACUAAUCGCACGAGCAAGUUACUCAGCUAGCUAGCUUAGCUAGUAGUGCCAUCGUUUGCGAGUGAUCUAGCGUUGGUGAGCUGAGCUGGGAAUGGCGCGGCGUCAGUGGAGCAGCUGUGGCGGCGUCGCGGUGGCGGCUGUGCUCGGGUUGCUGUCCGUGCUCUGCGCGGGGCACCCGGUGCCGGGUGGGCACGGCGGCGGCGGCGGGUUCCCGCUGCAGCCGCACUUCUACGACCACACGUGCCCGCAGAUGCAGGCCAUCGUGGGCGCCAUCGUGGCGAAGGCGCACGCGGAGGACCCGCGCAUGGCGGCAUCCCUUUUGCGGAUGCACUUCCACGACUGCUUCGUGCAGGGGUGCGACGCCUCCGUGCUGCUCGACGCCGACGGCAGCGGCAGGUUCGUCACCGAGAAGCGCUCCAACCCCAACAAGGACUCGCUCCGCGGGUUCGAGGUCAUCGACGAGAUCAAGGCCGCGGUCGAGCACGCGUGCCCGCACGUCGUCUCCUGCGCCGACAUCGUCGCCGUCGCCGCCAGGGACUCCGUCGUCCUGACGGGCGGACCCGGCUGGGAGGUGCCGCUGGGGAGGAGGGACUCGCUGACGGCGAGCCUGAGCGGCUCCAACAACCUCAUCCCCGCCCCCAACGACUCACUCCCUACCAUCAUCGGCAAGUUCGCCAACCAAGGUCUCGACGUCGUCGACCUCGUCGCCCUCUCAGGAGGGCACACCAUCGGCGACUCCCGGUGCGUGAGCUUCCGGCAGCGGCUGUACGGUCAGAACAACAACGGGCAGGUGGACCGCACGCUGAACCCCGCGUACGCGGCGGAGCUGCGGGGGCGGUGCCCGCGGUCAGGCGGCGACCAGAACCUGUUCGCGCUGGACCCAGCGAGCCAGUUCCGGUUCGACAACCAGUACUACCACAACAUCCUCGCCAUGAACGGGCUGCUCAGCUCCGACGAGAUCCUGCUCACGCAGGGCCGCGAGACCAUGGAGCUCGUCCACCGCUUCGCCGCCAACCAGGGGCUCUUCUUCGAGCAGUUCGCCAAGUCCAUGGUCAAGAUGGGCAACAUCUCUCCGCUCACCGGCCACGCCGGCGAGAUCAGGAACAACUGCAGGAGGGUCAACCACUAAGGACCGGAUCGGAGAAGGGCGUGCCACGCCUCGUCAUCCAUGGUUGCUUGAUCUUGCUUUUCUUUUCUGGGUGCGUCGUGUUUCAUUCUUGUUUUGCCUUUGGUGAAAAAAAAGUAUUCAGAAACUGAUUGCAAUUUGUGUUUUAUUGCUGUUCUCGAGUUGUGUUUUUUUUCACAUGUGUAAUUUGACAUUCCUGUACCAAAAAAUGAUCCAAUAAAAUGUCAAUUGUUUGCGUUA